UCCGUUUCCAGCUGGCUCGUGGGUGUUACUGGUGAGCUACUGAGAAUCGAAACUUAACCCGGGACAGUGACGGAGCCGUGUUUCCUCCUCUCGGUUCAGCUCGGCCUGCUGUUAGCUGACACAUUUGCCGUUUUGGAUCCUCCUCGGACCCGAAAUGACUCGAUUGUGAACUUAACCCGGGUCAAUGAACUUCCUCACUUCAUCAGGGAGCAGCGAUGGACUCCGCCCGAGAGAGAAGAAGAGAGGACAUGAACAGAGACCUCGCCUUUAUUCAGACUUUGUGACUCAGCUGGUGGUGAACCUGCUGGACGAGGGGAACAUCUUGUUCAGAGAGGGGGAGUGGGAGCAGGCGGUGAAGAUGUUCUCGGAGGGUCUGAAUGUGUCGGAGUACGCCGUGUCGGAGGAGCUCAGCGUCCCUCAGGUCCUCCUGGAGAGUCUGUACGUGAACAGAGCUGCAGCCUAUCACAGCAUGGGUGAAUAUGAUCGUGGGGUGUCUGACUGUGACCGAGCGCUCUCAGUGUGUGAGCAGAGUCACCGAGCUCUGUACAGGAAGGCUCUGUGUCUGAAGGAGUUGGGGAAAUACAGAGAGGCCUACAACGUCACCACAGACCCCCUGCUCAUCAGCAGACCGGACAUGAAGGUGAGCGAGUUAGCUCAGGAGCUAACGGCCCGUCUGGGACUGAGAGUCAGGAAACCAUACGUCACAAAGGAUAACCCUCUGAUAAACAGACAGCUCUCAAAUGGGCACACAAACACUGAAGCUAUCAAAGUGUCCUCUUCUCUCCAGGUGUCGACAGAAAACAGUUUGAAUCCUCUGAGCGUGCUCGCUCCAGUCAGCUUUCCCAGCAUGCCUCAAUCCUCUCCGUCCUCCACUGCUGCAGCGUCUGUAGUUCCCGACAUGUCGGACACGUUGGACGACUCGGAGCUGAUCGGUGACGACUUGGACAACCUGCUCGACUGUUUUCAUGACCAGCAACCUGAGACCGAGGCGGCGUCUUGCGUCCCCAUCAGGAUGUCCUCAUACUCAGUCCCCCUCGUCCUUCCUGCUCCCACCCCUCAGCUGCCCCCCGCCUUCUUUAACUCGGCCGUACAGAGCGCUCUCAGUGCUCUGGACUCGUUCUCUGGGGGUCCCUGCUGUGUCGGUCCGUCCACACUUGACGCCUUAGAUGACCUCUCUUCCUCUGGACUGACAGUUGGCCUUGGCGCUUCAAACGUAGCCCCGCCCUCUGUGGGGCUGGACGCUCUAGAUGGACUGGACUCUUUGGAUGAAAUCUUAGACCCACCACAGAGUACUGCUGCUGAGAGCGAGUCCACAUCCACAGAGGGGUGGAGCCUGGACGGUUCUCUGGAUGAGCUUGAUGCUCUGCAGACAGCCUCUGGUCCAGGUGGUCCAGGUGGUCCAGGUGGACCAGGUGUUGAUGUGGGUCUGAAUCCUGUGGAGCAGCUGGACUCUCUGGAUACUUUGGACCUGUUUCCGUCUGUAGAGGGCGUCGUGUCCUUCGGGGGAUCUGGUCUGGACACGUUCUCUGAGUUCAUCUCGACAGAACCCUCCGACCUUCAGGCCGCUGCAGCUCCAGUGAAACUUCCUGCAGAGAAUCACUUCAGAGUAAGAUCAUGUGACCAUCAGGUGACCUGCUCGUCCUCCUGUAACCCCCUGUCCUCCACUCACCUCUUCCUGCAGGCCUGCUCCACCUGUUUCCCUCGCACAGGUAAUAGUAUUUAUUCAUUCGUUCAUAAACCUGACCUGGUCCACGUCUGUCAUAAAGACGUCCUGCUGUGUAGAAGAAAGUCUGAUUCUGAUUGGACGAGAGUCAGACCCCUCCCCUCCUUCACGUCGUUCAGCGGGCCGUUUGUUCUCUGCAGGGAGCUGCUGAGUUCGGGGGAUCUCGCCAUGUGUAAGUACGGCGAGGCGUGUAACUUUGCGUUCAAUCAGCUGGAGGUGGAUGUUUGGACGGAGGAGAGGAAGGGGAGGCUGCAGAGAAGUCGUCUGUUUGACUCAUCAGCUGUUCAUCACGAUCCAAUGAGCAGCAUCGUGCGUCUGAUUCAGGAGAACAAAGGCGUCUAUAUGUUCCUGUGUCAGGAGUGUUUUGAUAAUAAACCCCGAAUCAUCAGCAAGCGCAGCCGAGAGAACGUCUGCUCCAACAUGGACGCACCACACAGCUUCACCGCCAACAGGUGUUUGGCGUUCGUGGUGAGGACUCACACUGUGACCUACAGGAAGGUGCGCCCGCUGAGCCUCCUGUGCCGCCUGGAUUUAUGUCGACAGGCGAUCAGAAACAUCUGCCAGAGAGACGACGACUGUCUGUACGCUCACUCUGUGAUAGAGCUGAAAACAUGGAGGGUACAGAGAGACACAGGAAUCAGCCCCGAGGAGAUUGUCAAAGUCUCCACAAAGUAUAACGACAAGCAGGAGCAGAACUCACACAGACUGGGAGGACGGAGAGUAUCGUCUGGAGACGGUGGCAACAAACAAAGAGGAGGAGGAGGAGGAGGGAGGAGUCUGAACAUGAGGAUGAAGUUCGCCUGUGUUCAGUGCUGGAACGGGUUCAACAUCAGUGAACCUGAUAAAACCCUGAAAUACUGCAACGCCAAGGCCAGACACCCGUGGACCCCCGACAGGUGUGUGCUCCUCGUUAAGUCUGCAGAGAGGAGUAAAUGGGUUCAAGUCCGCCCACUGCCGCACGUGAAGAACUUCCCUCUGUUCUACGAUAUUUGUAACCAGAUGGUGAAGAAAGGGAGAUGUAGUUACCCGGGGAAAUGCACCUUCGCUCACAGCCAGGAGGAGCGAGAGAUGUGGAUGUACAUGAAGAACAAUGAGAUGCCGUACAUGCAGCAGAUUUACGACAUGUGGCUUUCUUUAACCGCCCAAAGCGUCCAAUUAGACGGAGCCGUGCUGACGCAGCCUGAAGAGAAAAACAUCGUCAUGCCCACAGACUACAGCGAACCUCUGAACGGCUUCCACUGUCGUCUCUGCGGGAAGCACAGUAACAGCGAGCGUCAGUGGCAGCAGCACAUCUCGACAGAGAAACACAAAGACCGAGUGUUCAGCUGUGAGGGAGAGGACGAGGCGCUCACCUGGAGCUACAGGUUCCCCGGGACCUGCUUCAAACUGUGCCCCAGGCUGGACGGCGUGUGUCCUGACGGCGUGAGCUGUGACUUCGCUCACAGUAGCGAGGAGCUGCAGGAGUGGACGGAGAGACGAGGUUUCCUGAGACAGAAGUUAUCUAAAGCCAGAGAGGACAUGCUCAUCAUGCCGGACGAGUUCGACUUCGGGAAAUACAACUUCCUCCUCCAGGACUGACGGACGUUUUAUAUCCUCGUGUCUGUGUUUACAAACGUCAGGUGAUGCUAACGCUAGCUUUCUUUGAUUUGCCAAAAGAUCACAAAAAUAAUUUUCAUUUCUAAAUGAUGCCAAAUAUUCUUUAAAGUAGAACAAAUAGUCUGACUCUGUUUCUUUAAUAAUUGUUUUGUUGUUUACUUCUCAUCUAUGUUGUCCAAUCAGAAAGCUCCAUCAGGCCAAAGUUCACAAAAGAGGAAGAUUUUUAAAAGUCAAUAAAAGUGUUCAUGCUCAGUUUAAA